CAGCAACAUGGCUUCUAUCAGCAGAACAUUAGCCUUACAGCACCAGACUAGCACUACAUGACUGUCCUACUUUUGAAGUAAAGUUACAUCGUGUCACUGAUUUCUCUGCAUUUUGUGCUAGAGUUCAGCCUCCGGACAGAUUUGUUUUUCUGCAAAUCGAUUUACUGGAAUGAAGAUGGAACCUGGGUCUUGUAUGAGUUAGCAAUGUACAGGUCAGUACUGUGACACAGACCACAUUGCUAAAUACCAUCCCAAUCUCUCAACUUCAGCACCCCCAUGGAGACUUGAGAGUGCUUUAGGACUGCUUGGUCAGGGCAGUGUGGAAGGGGGAUUGCUGGACGCCCGCUUUGUUCCAGUACGGCCUCCAGAGGUUAGCAUGGAGUGGCUUGUGGCAGCCCUGGAGAGGGAUCUCGGCGUGGACCGGAGACAAGUGGGCCCAGGUCCGCGGCCUCAGGAGCUGGUGGCUCUUGUCCCAACCCGUUGGGUCCUGGGACUUCGGGAGAGGAGGGUUACUCGAUGCACUCGCUAUGAGGGCGUGAGCGAGGGAGAGGUGCAUACUCUGCUCCAGCGCUCCCAGGUGAAGCUGCCAUCUGGCUGGACCCGGGUUUGCAUCCAAGGCCUUAGGAAAAACAGGCUUGGCUAUCGGCUGUCCAGGGAACCAGGCUGCCAGGGCAAUGACAUCUCACAGGAUUCCUUCUUCAGUCUCAUGCAAGGGGUUUCGGAACACAAUUUCAGGAACCUGUGGCGUCAGGCCCAUCAGUUCCUUGUGCAGCCUUACGCGGGCACCGUGGAGCAGACCCAAGUUCAGGCGCUGGAUGCUGUGCGCCAGGCUCUGCAGGCUCUCUUCUGCUGCCCUUUCAUCUCUACCGAUCGGGUUUCUCCAUCACUCUCCCCAGCUAGAGAGAAGGAGAAGGAAAGCCAUUUCCCGGCCAGCUACACAUCACCUAAACCCUGCACAGGCCAGCUUUGUCCUAACAUACUCCCGGCAGAAGGCCUACUGGAGUCAGGAGAAAUGCUCUAUGUGGUGUUACCUUACAGUCAGUACUCCCUCAGUGACAUUGUUACCUUUAGCCCCGCCAAACUUGCCAACAGCAAUGCCAAAGUUUUGUUCAUCCUGUACCAGCUGCUUACCGCCAUGCAGGCAUGUCAGGCUGUUGGGCUGUCCUGCGGAGAGCUGUCCCUGCUGGAUGUAGCUGUAGAUGAGCAACUCUGCAGCUAUCUCAAAGUCAGCUUGGCACAUUAUGAGGAGCUUGGGGAUGACCGGGAGGCUAUCGUCUGUGUGAACGGUGGGGUAGGACAAAGGUCAGGAAGCAGCCCAGGAAUGGACAAGGGAGGUUGUGCCAACAAUGGACAGGUCUGCAGGGACUGCUGCGAGGAGCUUAAAUCCCUUGUUUUGGACUGGGUCCAUGGACGAGUCAGCAACUUUCGGUACCUGAUGGAGCUAAACAAGCUAGCCGGGAGACGCGAAGGAGACCCAAAUUAUCACCCAGUUCUUCCCUGGGUGGUAGACUUCACUGUACCUUCUGGGAGGUUCCGUGACCUUAGGCGGUCCAAGUUUAGACUGAACAAGGGUGACAAACAACUGGAUUUCACUUAUGAAAUGACAAAAGAGGCUCUAGCGGCAGCAGUGGCUAAUGGGGGUGGGGCAGGGAACUUUGCAGGGGACAUAGGUGGGGCUGUAGGGCCCAGUGGUUCGGGGCAACUAGAUCAUCUUCAUGUGCCGCAUCACAUUUCAGACGUGCUGUCGGACAUUACAUACUACGUGUACAAAGCCCGGCAGACGCCCAAGUCUGUGCUGUGCAGCCAUGUGCGAUCACAGUGGGAGCCCAACGAAUACCCGGCCAGCAUGGAACGCAUUCAGAGCUGGACCCCCGACGAGUGCAUCCCGGAGUUCUACACAGACCCCUCCAUAUUCCGCUCCAUACACCCAGACAUGCCGGACCUGGAUGUGCCUCCAUGGUGUAACUCGUGCGAGGAUUUCAUUGAGGUGCACCGGCGCCUCCUGGAGAGCCGUGAGGUCUCUCAACAGCUGCACCACUGGAUUGACCUCACCUUCGGCUACAAGCUCUCAGGAAAAGAUGCUGUCAAGGCCAAGAAUGUGUGCCUGCACCUUGUGGACAACCACACACAUUUAGCGAGCUAUGGGGUGGUGCAGCUGUUUGACCAGCCCCACCCACCCCGUCUUGCACCGUACCAGUAUUCCCCUCUUGACCCCCCUCACCUCAGCUCAGCCACGGUCUGCUCGUCCUCCUGGCCCAACCCUUCACUUGACACUGUGAUGGAUGGCGUGGAUGGCAUGGUCCCGGAAGCGACUGGGUGUGAGUCAAGUGGCUGGACCGUGGUGGAUCGGGACGAGGAGCUGGAACAAGGCAUGGAGGCCCUGGACUCUUUGAGUGCUGCUUCCGGUGCUGCCACUGCAGCUUCCUCCUCCAUCCCACUGCCGUUAACCAGUGCGGCUGCUGGGAAGACCCCUGCAGAAUCCACUGCUACAACUCUAUCCCAAUCUCCUUCUGUCUUUCCAAAUGAGGGGGCGGCUAAUAUUACAAAUGUCCUGGGGCCUGGUAUUCGAAGUGCGGUGCUACAAAGAGGCAGCAGUGUGAAUAGGAAACAUAAAGAGGGGACUGCCAAUUAUGAUAUUGCUGAGGACUUCAAGAUUAGCCUCCCAGAGGGAUUCAGCCCCCUUCAGCCUCUUGAGGAGCUGGAGAGGCUGAAUAUCUUCCUUGGAAAAGGACUGAAUGCACAAACUCAUACUAAAGAUUCUGCACAGGAAUCAGGAGCUUCAAAGAUGUCACUGGUAGCCACUCCUUCCCUCACAACACUCUUCCAGAGGGACAUGCAAGCCCUGGGUGUCCUCAUUGCCGAGAUCUUUUUCUCCCAUAAACUACAGUAUGUGAAGCCAGGAACCACUCUGAUCGAUCGGUUCCAGGCUGUAAUGAAGUUGUUCUCCGCCAGUUACCGUGAUGUGCCCCUGCCCUUACUUCCUGCCAUAGAAACCCUACUGCAGGUCCACAAACACUCCAAGUUGACUAGUCGAAGCUGGAAGGAGAACAGACACCCCAAGCCUCUGCUUUUCCAAUAUGACCCAGUUUUAGAGGGCCUCCCACCUCCCAGUCCCUGGCAGCUUCUUAGUCCCUUUCUGUCACCACUCCCUUUCCCAACCUACUUCCCUGCACUUCAUCGGUUCAUCUUCUCCUACCAUGCCAAGAUGGACUCUGCCAGCACCACCCUGGGCCGUGACAUCGUCUUCCACCUGUGGCAGCAGCUGGAGUCUCUCUUGCAGGGUGAGAUCACGGCAGAGGGACUGGAAAUUCUCCUGCCCUUUGUGCUUGCGCUCAUGUCCGAAGAGUCAACAGCAGUGUAUGCUGCCUGGUACCUGUUUGAGCCUAUCUCCAGAGUCCUAGGGCCACGCAACACCGCCAAGUACUUGUUGAAGCCCUUAAUAGGUGUGUAUGAGAGCCCAAGAUGCCUGCGGGGCCGUUUCUACCUCUACACUGACUGCUUUGUGCUGCAGCUCAUUGUGCGACUCGGCCUGCAGGCCUUCUUGUCCAGCCUCUUGCCCCACGUCUUGCAGAUCCUUACAGGCUUUGAAAGCUGCAGUGCUGAAGCUGGAGCUGAGUGGGAGGGCAACAAGGCCCUGAGGGGUGGCAGAGUUGACCUAGGGGAGGAAGAGGAGGAAGACUAUGAAUGUGGGAAAGGAGGGACAUCCACAGGGUCUAUAAGUGGAAAGGCAGGAGGGGGUAGUGGCGGUGGUGGUGGUGGUGGUGGUGUGGUUGAUGCCGGGCUGAUGGAUUACUCUUCUGGGAUCAGCUUGAAUGAUCAGGUCUUCCUGUCUGAAGGCGAGGACUUCCAGAAUGGGUUCUACGUCAACAAUGGGUCAGGAGCACCAGGAGGGGUCGGGCUGCAUGGGAAGCCGCAGUGCCAGAACUCUGUGGGGAAGGACCAGGACCAAGAGUCUCUGAGUAUGGGGAAGUUGAGUGACAAGAGCAGUGCCAGCGAGAUCUCCAUCGGAGACACAGACUCUGCUAAGGACCGGGCCAGUCUAAAGUCUGCAGACAGCAGCCAGGAUCUGAAGCAAGCCAGUGAGGGGGAGGAUGGAGUGGAGCUGGAGGAAGAGGAGGAAGGAGAGGAAGGAAAGGAGAGCACAGCGGGUAGUGUGCCCAGCCUGGAGCUCACCCUCUCAGGCCAUACUGAGGAGUCUGAGGCCACAGUGGUCACCCUGGAUGGGAAUGUUUUAAACCAGAUGGAGCUGGAGGAGGCGGAGAAGGACAUGGUGGGAGAAGAGGAGGAUUCAGACCUCACAGAAGACUCUGAGGAGAAAGAGCACAAGAUACUGCUGGACACUGUGUGUAAAAUGGUCAGAUGGCUUGCUGCAAAGCUUGGACCCACGGUGACAUCUCGUUACGUUGCCAGGAAUUUAUUGCGCCUGCUCACGACCUGCUACAUUGGCCCUGACAAGCACCAGUUUGUUCCGUCUGCCUGGGAGGAGAACAGUGUGGAAAGCGUGGGCAGUGUGUAUGAGAAGCGCCCUGUGGUCGGAGACCAGACGGCCCGGCCUGUCCUCGACUGCCUCAUCUAUAUCGCACACCUGUACGGGGAACCUGUGCUCACCUACCAGUACCUGCCUUACAUUGGUUACCUGGUGUCCCCACCUUCCUCUUGUCGUUUGAACACACGCAAGGAGGCGGGGCUGCUGGCGGCGGUCCUCCUCACACAGAAGAUCAUUGUUUUCUUGUCUGACACCACACUGAUGGACAUGCUGAUGAAGAUCAACCAGGAUGUGAUCCUGCCUCUGCUAGACCUGCUCACCUCUCCUAGGAUGGGUUUCCCCAGCGGAGUGCAGACCCGCGCUGCAGUGUGUCUGAAAACCCUCAGCCUCAUGGCCCUCAUCUGCCUGCGCAUCGGCAAGGAGAUGGUGCAGCAGCACAUGGUGGACACCCUGUGCAGGUUCUUCAGAGUCUUCUCCGUGCUGCACAGUCUCCACACACAGGUGGACACGGCCCCUCGCAGAGAGGUCGGAGAAUACACCCUGCUGGAUUUGCACACCCCAGAGGGGUCAGAGGUCACCUGUGAGUUGGGCGUGCUGGAGGAGCUGCAGGCCGUGUUCAACUCUGAGAUGGCCUACGCUUCAUACAUCCCCUUCUACUGCCUUAUCGGUGAUUCUGCAAUCAGAAAGCUGGUACCGAACCACGAGCUGGUUUGGCACCUGGCGCAGUCUUACCAUGAGCAGGUCAGCCCAGGCAGCUCCAACUCUGCACCGGCCACAGGACCUCAUGCGGAUGGCCCCAUGUCCCCCAGUCGCAUCUCUCCCGGCCUGGGCGCCCACGUGGGCUGCAGCCCCUUCCCCGCCCCUUCCUCCAGCUCCACUCCCAUGGGGGGAGACCCCCUCCCCGAGUCAGGCACCUUCGGCAGCCACCUGGUGGGGAACCGCAUCCAGGUGGCCCAGGGCUCGGACAUCGGGGGCAGCCCCAACCUGUCCAUGCUCGACACCUGGGGACGUCAGAACCCCGGCCUCCUCCCUCCGGCCGCCAACGCUGGUUCGUCCUUCGCCACGUCCUUCACCUCCGGCUCCUCCUCCUGGGUGCUGGGCCCUACCCCGGAGGACAGCGCGCUGAAGCAGGAGCUCCCGCGAAGCAACCGUGGCCUCCUGGGCAACUGGCUGGCCUACUGGCAGUACGAGAUCGGCCUCAACCAGCAGGACCCGCACUUCCACUUCCACCAGAUCCGCCUGCAGACAUUCCUGGGCCACACCAGCACGGCCAAGUGCCUGGCACCGCUGGCCGGGGAGGACUACUUCCUGUCGGGCAGCAAGGACAAGACGGUGAGGCUGUGGCCCCUGUAUAAUUUUGGGGACGGCACGCGGGAGGUGGAGCCGCGCCUGACCUACGCAGAGCACCGCAAGUCCGUCUUCUACGUGGGCCAGCUGGAGGCCCUGCAGGAGGUGGUGAGCUGUGACGGCACCGUGCACCUCUGGGACCAGUUCACCGGAAAGCGGAUCCGCACGUAUGAGCCUCUGGACGGGAAGAACCCCAUCACCGCGGUGACCACCAUGCCCCCGCCCCACUGCGGCGUGGUGUUCGGCAGCGCCGACUCUGUGCUCCGCUUCAUCGACCCCCGCAAGCCGGGCCUGCAGCACGAGUUCCGGCUGGCCUAUAACAACGUGAGCGCGGGGCUGAUCCGCUACCUGGCGGUGAGUCCCGGGGGCCGCACGGUGGCGGCCGGCUUCUCCUCUGGAUUCAUCGUGCUGCUGGACGCUCGGACCGGUCUGGUGCUGCGCGGCUGGCCCGCCCACGAGUGCGACAUCCUGCAGAUGAAGACUGCAGAGGGAAACCUGGUCAUCAGCUCCUCCUCAGAUCACACGCUCACAGUGUGGAAGGACCUGGAGCAUAAGCCUCUCCACCAGUACAAGUCCCCCUCCGACCCCAUCCACGCCUUCGACCUCUAUGGCUCCGAGAUUGUGGCGGGCACCGUGGCCAAUAAGAUCGGAGUGUACUCCAUGAUGGACAUCUCGGCCAGUCCCGCCAGCUCCACCAAGCUGAGCUCGGAGAACUUCCGCGGCACGCUCACCAGCCUCGCAGUUCUGCCCACUAAGAGACUCCUCCUCCUGGGCUCGGAUAAUGGAGCCAUCAGGCUCCUGGCCUAGAUCCCCCUGCUCAACCUGGGAAUGGUUCAGUGUCUUUCGCCCCCCAUCCCCACCGUCCAGCAAGAGAUUAUUGUUUUCCUCUGCCACUUUUACCCCCCCCACCCCCCCCACCCCCCCCAUUCCAUUCCAGUGAUGGAACCUUCCCAAGUUGUGCCCUUUCAGAACAAAACAUGGUCACCCUCGAUGGCCGUGGCUCGCUUCAGUUUUCUAUCGUAGUUCUCAGGCAGAAAGAGAUUGCACAGUUUUUUUCUAGAAUGAUAUACCAUGUAUGCUGACCCAGGUAGAAGAAAAGAAAAAAAAAAGAAAAGAGUUUCAGUCUUUCAUUUGGCAAAAACAAUGUGCUAAAUAGCUAGGUGGCUAACCUUGGAAAAUCUCCAAGUUGCGAUAUUUUAUAUAACUCCUUUAUAUAACUUCUGUUUGGGACAUUGCACUUUUGUAACAAAUAUGUUAUACCUUUAUUGUUUGAUUAAUAUAAAGCUGGCAUAACUAGCAGUAGCUGCAGCUGUCACACCUGUGUUGAUGAGAUGGUGAACUUGACCAGAAAUAGUAUAGUACAAGAUAAUUUGGAAGCGUGAUCUUUCAAUUAAAUUGCGAAAUGUAUGCCAAGGAAUAUUAAUAUUAGCUUCCCAUGACGUUUCCAACUGCUAACUCCACCCCAAGGUUAACCUGGGGGGGGCUGUACCAGUGCACAGUUUGGGGGGAGCAAUUGGCCAAAAAGUAAUUUCACAUCUUUCCCAUUUAUUUGUAGGGCAGUACUUUUUGUUUUAUUAUUAUUAUUAAACUAAGACUGAACGAGAGCUCUUCAGAACAAAUUUUUUAAAUAUGAAAAAUAAACGGGAGAGCACUGCUGAUGUAGCGAUAUGGACCUUGUGCAGGGGACCUUGUACAGUCUUAAGCCAGUGACCAAAGUGAAAUAUUGUGAAUUGUCCCGUACGCAUAAGGAAUAAGGAUGGAUUGGUUAAAGACAACACAUGGCAACAGCAGCAACAACUGAACAACAAAAUCAGCUCAUUUUUCUUUUCUAUUUUCCUAAAAGAACUCGGCUACUGAAGUCGCUGCUGUGGCUUACUAAACCAGCUGCUCAGGAAGGUGGAGACAGACUGGUUUCCGAUGUAGCGUUUACACUUUCCAAAAUAGAUGGGACAAGAGCACCAAAAACAAGAUUCACAAGUCUGGUUACUUCUGUGAUAUUUCUGAUUUCUGAUAUUUCAUGAUCUCUUUAAGUGUACCAGGAACACACAAUGACUAUGCAGUAUUUGCAAAUAUAAAUAGUAUCUUUUAAAGUGAUUGCCAUGUAUGUAUACUAAAGAAUUUUCUUGACAAUAUAUUUUAUUAACUAUGAACAAUAAACCACACAAGAUUUUUCACUGGACCCUGCGUCCUUCCGCAUGGUGUCGAUUCCCAACUGUCACAGGAAAUGGACUGGGUUUCACUUGAGAUCAGUUCAACGGUUAACCAUAAGGUUUACUCUCAGGUUGGCAACCAACCUUGGUGUAGGUCAAGUGAAAACAAACAAAAGCUGGAUUCUCGUAAAAACAAUUGACACGCUUUGAAACCUUCCAUUUAGGGUUGUGUCUCUCUCAUGCCGGGAUACUUUUUAGUCACGUAUCAGCAUACAUACCUCAGGUUUCAUCACAACUCCAUGUAUAAUAGAGGUCUUUGGUUUCUUUCAUGUUGCUUCUGUCAGUUAACAGUUUUAUUAGAUAAUGUUCAAUUUGUUUUCAAAUAUAUAAUGUCCCCUGGCCAUAGUUACCAUUUACAGUACACAGAACUAAUUUUCUAAAGGUUAUGGGUGAAAGCAUUCCGCUCUUGUGAUGGUUGAAGGUUUCUAACCUUUCUCUCCAGGUCAUGAUGAGCGAUGCGUGCACUGCUCAGUUACAGAUGGAGACAGUCAUAUUAACAGAGUUUUCGAUAUGUGGUGGACUCUGAACUCCUGUCUAUACAUUGAAGAGAAGCACAUAUUUGGGCCUAGGUCACCAGUCAAUACACACAGACAUGUCUGUGAAAGUAAUCAUGACCACCCUCCCCAACUGAGAAAUGGCAUUAGGUUUGUUGCACUAUUUUUGCCCCUUGUGAUUUAAAAAAAACUCCAAUCAACUAAGGGGGUAAAGUUAUUCUUUAGAGGUAUGAUGUCUGUUGGUUCACUGUUGUUUUGAGUGUGAAACCAAGCUUGAGGUGCCUAUUUUACAUUUUACUGCCAGUGAGAGACUGAGUGAGUGAUUGAAAGAGUGUGUGAAAGAAAUAUGAGAGGCAUAGAUUUAGACAAAUGAGUGGUGUUGAUUCCUUGUAUCAAAAAUUAUAAUAUUUUACUUUAACCACCCCCUGAUAGAUCAGGGUGAACAUGUAUGUCCCAGUGAAUGAUGGGGGAAACUAUAGUUGAAAGAUAGAAGAGAUUAUAGAAUUCAUAUAUUAAUGUAUGCCAAGUAGGCGACUAAAGACAUUUACAUUUAGGGGACCAGUUGUAAGUUACUUGAAUAAGUAUGAUGUAUGAUCUGUCAAGGAAGUAAUCAGAUGCCAGGAAACAGGAGCUUUCCCAAUAUACAGGUGAAUCAUGGGUAAGACUGACUGGAUUUGGUGACUCCUGUCUGUGACACACAGAUUGUUUUAUUGGCUAUGAUCAAUCCAAGGUUAUUGUAAAAGUGAAAUUGUAGAGCUGUUUGAUUUUGAUUUCUGAUUUACAUGAUGCUUGGACAAAUCAGAGUCCAGUCAGUUAUGUUGAGAGUUUUUAAACUUGGUCCUGGGGCACCCCUGUAUAUGCUGGUUUUCAGGCCAACCGCAGUUGAAUCUGCUGCAAUGUAACCUUCUGUCGAUUGUUCUUAAUUAGACACUUUACGUAUUGUUGUAUUGCUUGCCUUAUUCGCCCACAUUUUUUCAGAAAUGGCUAUCCAAGCCAUUUUCCAUAAUCAGGUGCCAUGACUGUCAGAUAAACAGAUGCUUCUGUUUUCUGUCAUGCUGUAUGGAAAAUGAUUUGUUGACCCGCAGCUGAAAUGUGUUUGGGACUGAUUUCUGAAGGUGUGGACACCUUGGCUUGAAACAGCAUACACAGGGGUCCCCCAAAACAGUUUGUGGACCCCUGAGCUGGGUGAUGUUCCUUGCUUGGGGACUGUUUGUAUCCCUAGUUUGUCCAACCAAGUGAAAACCUGGAAAUCAAUGUUAUUUAAAUUUAGUUCCCACAUCCAUGACUUAUGUAAAUAUUCCAUUAACUUCCAAGCAAAGUAGUUGCCUCAUGAACAACAAAUAAAAUGUCAUAUUCCUCUAUUUCAUAAUUUUCAUUUAAAUGAAAUAAACUAAUACAACGGAUAUUUUAUUUAUUAACAUGUUUAAUAAAAUGCUGCAUAUGCAAAGGUU